UAUGGAUGGCAAUGAAAUGAAUAUAGCAUUCAAUUUUAAAAAAAUUGAUUAUAGUGGAUAUUUUGAAGGUUCUCUAUAUGAUCCAAAACAUGUUGUAGAUGGUUUACAUGAUAAUAAAAUUACAUUGGGUUCUUGUACAAUAUUAAAGAGACUCUUACGCAUUCUUCAACCCAUAAUUACAAUUCAUUUAAAAGGGCAACAUACUCUCAAGAAAGUAAUUCUAUGGCCAACCAAUCAGCAAAUUACUCAACAAUUGGAAAUUUACAUGGACAAUAUUUUUAAUAUCUGUACUGAUGAUAAUAUCAUAUUGGCAAAUAAUUCACCAACAACAGUGCUAUGUAACAAACUACAACAAUCUAGAAGUUCUAGUUUAACAGUUAAAUCAAAAAAUACAAACUUUUUGCAUUUAUGCGAAAUUGAAAUAAUUUCUAACAAUAUAGCCUAUUUGAAAGGAGUUACCUACAAAUUUUCCCAGAUGGACUUGUUUAUAUUAACUGAUGGUUUUACAAGUGAAACUACACAGGUGAAAAUUGGAGGGCAGUAUUGGAUUGCAAUUAAUCUAUUUGCUUACUAUAAUGUUCUUGUUAUUGAUUUUAUAUUACCGGUACAAAACACUCUCUCUAAUCAAUUUCGUAUUGAACUUACAAAUGAAAAUCCAUACUUAGAAUAUGACCCAUUAAAAUACAGUUUAUGUGGAGAACAUCCAGACAAUACAGAAAGUUUCAUUUCCCACUUUGAAAUCUCGUAUUCACUUUUGUGCCCUAGAGGAGGGGUCGAAGGUCAAUUUGUUGUACUUAGAACACAAAGAGCUACUCCUGUGACAUUUGUAAUUGGUGAAAUAGAAGUUUUUGGCAAUUAUAUAAGACAAUCCAAUGAAGAAAAUAUUAAUAUAUUGUAUCGUAAACCAGUAUGGACAUCUUCAAAUUAUAAUUCUAUAUACACUCCUCAAAAGUUAACUGAUGGUCUGUACAAUAGUUUCUUUCAUUCUGAAGAAGGUUUCCAACAAUGGGCAAGAAUUGAUAUGUUUUCAAAGUACACUAUUUAUAAAAUGGCAAUUUUAAAUGGAGAUAUGCAUGGUUACAAUACAGCAAGGCAUAUCAAUGGUUUAGUGUCGAAUUAUCAAGAUUUUAGCAUUCAGGAUUAUCAUUUAUAUUCUGAAAAAUGUUUUACGAAUAAUGAAGACUUUUCAGGUGGUGAAUAUAGAUUAUGGGAAUGCAAAAUGCCGUUUCCAAUUGGUCGAUUCGCCAUCUUUUUCCAAAAUUCACAUACUUCUAUCAAUAUUCUUGAAGUAGAAGCGUACGGUCAGAAAAUUGUAGAUAACGAUAUGGUUCUCUUACCAAUUGCGCAUAUUGAUAGGAAUAGUAAUGCUAAAAGUAUUUCUGACAAAGAAGAAAGUGCUCAAUAUCCAAUAAAGAUUAUAGAUGGUUUAGCCAACAAUGCCUUUACUGAUGGAUUCUUAUCAUGUUCGGGUACUUUAACAACAAAUAAUAAUGAAGUAGGACGAAUAACACUCUAUAUGGAUAAUCAGUAUUUAAUAAAUCAAAUAGGUGUACUAAUUCCAUUUGAAGCGCCUAAAGGUUAG